CUGCAGUGUGCGCGGAGCGUGUAUCGGUGGGACGGGGACUUUCUGGCGCACUUGACCGCACGGACACACUUCUUCAAACCGUGCGCUUCGGUCCGCGCUCUCGCACAGCCGAACCAGUUUGGGUUUGUUUCGGUUCGCUUUUUGAGCGACUCUUCUCGUGGCAGCGCGCGCUCCUGCAGCCCCGGGAUUUUUUUUUUUUCCACAGGCGCGCGCACGCACGCACUUUUUUUUUUUUAACUUUUUUAUUAAAAAAAAAAAAAAAAAAAAAUCAGCCUCGGUAACACAGCUGAUUCAAGCGCUCUCGGGUCCCUUCGAGCUCGACAACCAUGUUGUGGAAACUGGCCGAUAAUGUGAAGUAUGAGGAGGACUGCGAGGAAAGACACGACGGCGGCGCAAAUGGAAACCCGCGGCUGCCCCAUCUGCCCGCGGUCAGCCAGCACCUCUACAGCCCGCCGCCCUCCCUGUCUCACUCGGGCAGCUCGGACUUCCAGCCGCCGUACUUCCCCCCUCCCUACCAGCCCAUUUCGUACCCGCAGUCGGGCGACCCCUACUCUCACCUCGGCGACCCCUUCAGCAUUAAUUCCAUACACCAGUCGUCGUCGACCAAUCAGCAGCAGUCGUGGCCCGGCCGUCAGGGCCAGGAGGGUCUGGGAGGCCACGGCCGCAGCGGUCUGGCCGGUCAGAUUUUGGGACUGGAGGGCGGCGCGGCCGCCGUGCGCAGGGAGGGCUUCCGCCGACCGGAUCUGCUCCCCCCGCACGUGCACGGCAUCGAGUCUCCCGUUGUGAGCGACAACAUAGGACUGCACGACAUGGGCCACGGCCUGGACGACGUUCAGCAUGUUGAUGAUCACAGUAUUAUCAUGGCGGACCAGACGGUCAUAAAGAAAGGUCCCGUGUCCCUGCCCAAAGGUAACGCUCUGGGACUGCCCUACCAGAAGGAGUCCCUGCUGGGCAUGGUGUCCAACCCCUCGGAGGUGUUCUGCUCCGUGCCGGGCCGCCUCUCGCUGCUCAGCUCCACUUCCAAGUACAAAGUGACGGUGGCGGAGGUGCAGCGACGCCUGUCCCCUCCAGAGUGUCUCAACGCUUCGCUGCUGGGGGGUGUCCUGCGCAGAGCUAAGUCUAAAAACGGAGGGCGCUCCUUGAGGGAGAAGCUGGACAAGAUCGGGCUCAACCUGCCUGCAGGCCGGAGGAAGGCUGCCAACGUCACACUGCUCACCGCGCUGGUGGAAGGUGAGGCCGUGCACCUGGCCCGGGAUUUUGGCUACGUGUGCGAGACCGAGUUCCCCGCGAAAGCCGUUGCCGAGUACCUGACCCGGCCGCACGUGGAGCGCAACGAGAUCAGCUCGCGGAAGAACAUGCUACUGGCUGCUAAGCAAAUCUGCAAGGAGUUCACUGAUCUCCUGACGCAGGACCGCUCUCCGCUGGGAAACUCGCGGCCGGCACCCAUUCUUGAGCCGGGCAUCCAGAGCUGCCUGACCCACUUCAGUCUGAUCACGCACGGUUUCGGCAGUCCGGCCAUUUGCGCUGCUAUGAUGUCCCUGCAGAACUACCUGAGCGAAGCGCUCAAACAAGUGGACAAGCUGUACCUUAGCUCGGGCAGCGAAGCCCAGGGCUCCUCAGAUGGAAGCGGCGGGAGCAAAGCUUCUGACAAAAUGGACAAGCACAGGAAGUGAGGCUGUGGCGAUGAUGGCUGAAAGCGAUCCCAUUUUUUUUUUUUCCCCCCAAAUCUGGGGCGGCAUCCCAACCUAUCACACCCUAAACGUGCUAAUGCAACGAUCCCUCUUUGCGUCUUUGUUCUGUGGUCUUCCGGAAACUCGACUGUUCCGUUGCAGUACUUUGUUCUGGAGCACUUUCCUGCUUGCACAGCCAUGCAAGAUGGACGCAUCCAGAGGAUCCACUGACGGGAUUCCAUGGUGGAUCUGCUGCCAACUUUUCCCAGUUCCUUUUUUGCUCCCACUCUGGUGCUACACACACAUAGAUAUAGAUAUAGAUAUAUAUGCAUUUCCCCUUUAUUGGACUA